UAAUCGUUUCUCGCCGUCAAUCAAAGAAAAAGGGAGCGAAGAGACCAGCGGGAAGGGAGAGAGCAAAAAAAACCAAAUAAAAUCUCCUCAGGGGAGGAUGUGAGAAUUAAUAAUAAAUUACCCAGAAGGCUAACGACAUUUUUUUGAGGGCAAUUUUUAUUUAUUUUCUCACGAAUCAUCUCGAUUGAUAAGCGACGGUUACCGAGUAAAGCGAGGCACAAUUGUUUGAAUUUUUGAAUCGUGGUUGCCGUUUUCUUCCCUUUUCCAACCUCAGUUAGCCCCUUUAUUAUUAUUUUCCUCUUUCUUCUUCACCUUUCUCUUUUUUCGCCCUCCUCCCUCCAUCCGACACCCCCUGCCCCCUCACUCCCACUCCCCAUUCCCGGCUCCAACCAUGUCGAUCUUGCCCUUCACGCCGCCCAUCGUCAAGCGUUUGCUGGGCUGGAAGAAAGGCGGCGAGUCGCAGUCUCCCUCUUCUCAGUCCCCGUCCCAGGCGCCGCAGCAGCAGCAGCAGCAACAACAGCAGCAGCAGCAGCAGCAGAACAACGGGCAGGACGACAAAUGGUGCGAGAAAGCCGUCAAGAGCCUGGUGAAGAAGCUGAAGAAGACGGGGCAGCUGGACGAGCUGGAGAAGGCCAUCACCACCCAGAGCUGCAACACCAAGUGUGUGACCAUCCCCAGCACAUGCUCUGAAAUUUGGGGACUGAGUACACCUGGUACAGUAGAUCAGUGGGAUACAACAGGCCUUUACAGCUUUCCUGAGCAAACCAGAUCACUUGAUGGUCGGCUGCAAGUUUCACAUCGCAAAGGUUUGCCUCAUGUUAUUUACUGUCGCUUGUGGCGGUGGCCUGAUCUUCACAGUCACCAUGAGCUUCGAGCUAUUGAAACUUGUGAAUAUGCUUUCAAUCUUAAAAAGGAUGAAGUGUGUGUUAAUCCAUACCACUAUCAGAGGGUGGAGACACCAGUUUUGCCUCCUGUAUUGGUGCCACGACAUACAGAAAUUCCAGCAGAGUUGCCCCCACUUGAUGACUAUACACAUUCCAUUCCUGAAAACACUAAUUUUCCAGCUGGAAUAGAGCCGCAGACCAACUAUAUCCCAGAAACGCCACCACCUGGCUACAUCAGUGAAGAUGGGGAGACGAGUGAUCAGCAAAUGAACCAAAGUAUGGAUACAGGGUCUCCUGCAGAAAUGUCACCAAGUACCUUGUCACCAGUCAAUCAUAGCUUGGAUCUACAACCUGUAACCUAUUCAGAGCCAGCAUUCUGGUGUUCAAUAGCAUACUAUGAACUAAACCAGAGAGUGGGUGAAACAUUUCAUGCAUCUCAGCCUUCAUUAACUGUGGAUGGAUUUACAGACCCAUCAAAUUCUGAAAGAUUCUGUCUGGGUUUGCUGUCUAAUGUCAACAGAAACGCAACAGUUGAGAUGACGAGACGGCAUAUUGGCAGAGGAGUACGGUUAUAUUACAUUGGUGGGGAAGUUUUUGCGGAGUGUCUGAGUGACAGUGCCAUCUUUGUUCAAAGUCCAAACUGUAACCAAAGAUACAGCUGGCAUCCUGCAACAGUAUGCAAAAUUCCACCUGGUUGUAACCUAAAGAUAUUCAACAACCAGGAGUUUGCAGCGCUUCUAGCUCAGUCUGUAAACCAAGGUUUUGAAGCUGUUUACCAGUUAACGAGAAUGUGCACAAUUAGGAUGAGUUUUGUGAAAGGCUGGGGUGCUGAAUACAGACGGCAGACUGUGACGAGCACUCCUUGUUGGAUUGAACUUCACCUGAAUGGACCGUUGCAAUGGCUUGACAAAGUUUUAACCCAAAUGGGGUCUCCCUCUGUCCGUUGCUCAAGCAUGUCCUAAAUAACUAUGUCCCUAUUUCGGUAUCAAGAUGGGACUAAACAUAAGAUGGAGUCAAAUCAACAGACUUAAACAGCUUUUCUGUUUUAGUAUUUGUGUUAUUCCGAGAGACUAUCUGUUUGUUAAUACAAAACAAAAUCAAAAAGAAUGGCACUUGAUCUCAUCAACCUAAGCACCUUGUUGAGUUUUAUUACCCCACACCCAGAUUAUGACAAAAAUUUAUUAGUAUUAGUGUAUUAAACACACGAAUAUAGCUUAUGGCUGAGGGUGAAGGGAAGGCUGUGUAAAAAGACAUUUUGCAUUAAUGCACAUGUCGAGUGCCUGAGGUCCAUCAAUGACAUGUACAGUAAUUCAAUUGUGAUUCCACGCACGUUAGUUAGAAUGGAUUCUUCAUUAAAUGAAAUCUCUAUCGUUUUCUUUGUCUCAUCCCCGACCAGCCCCCUCCCUGCCUUCAAUUAAUUAAAAUUUGAUGAGUAAUAUAAUUGAUACACAUUGCAAAUAAAAAGCACAGUUAAUGAAUUUAAAAUGAGAAACUGAAAAGUAGCUGGUAGUGGGAAGCAUAACAUGAAUUUAAUUUUCCACAUUGGAUUAUAAUUACCAUAAACACUCAUUUAGAAACAAAUAUCACUGGCAUUUUGGUAAGAGUUUUUUUUCCAAAGAUUGAGGUGAUAGCCUUAUUGCUGGAGAAAUGCUGAGUUGUGACCGCCAAAGUUAGGUAAAUUUGGACUCACCAGGAAUGAAUGUAGCUGGAACUGGCAUUUUACUAUCCAAACAUUUCCAGUGAUGGCUUAUAAAGGGAAAUGGACAGAAUUGUAGUCAUAUUCGACAUGUUGUUGAUUUUAGUUUAGGAAAAAUGUCAAAUUAUAAUAAAUUUUUCCUAAAUGUAGCUCAUCUGAAAAUAAGUGAACUUCAUGAAAAAUGGGAAUACUUUAUUAUUUCACAGCAUUUUAUCAAAUCGUUAAAUAGUUGGACCUUGCAUUAAACAGCAUAAUGCAGUUUAUUUACCUUUGGUACCUGUUCAGCCUAAUUCUGAUCGUAUUGUUUCGAAAUGAUGUAAAAUUGAGAAGCUUGUAAGCUAUUUUAGCCUCUAUUUCAUUUAAAUUUGUUUUAGAAUGUAUACGGUACUGAUAAAUGCUGUUAUCUCUAUUCCUGGCAUUAUGUAGAGGUUGUAGCUGUUCUUAUGCAUGCUGUGACAAUAACUUUUACUGAACUCCUUUUGCUUAUGAUUUCUUUUGUGUCAUUAUUUGGGGAAAUUCUUGGAACAAGAAUUAUCAAGGCUUUUAAAACUUGAAAUUGACAACGUCUUAAUGGUAAACUAGAAGACCCUUCACAUGUAAGAGAUAAUUGCCAUAUUGUACUUACCUUUGCCUGAUCAUUGUAAGUUUUAAUAUUGCCCAAAAGUUAUGUUCCUUCUCCCAGCGCUGAAAAUUUGUGAAACUGGAUAGUAACAGCCAGUAAAAGGAUCUUUUCUGCAAGUUGUUGAGCAAUUUGUUUCUGAAAUUAACAGUAUUGGUGACUGGUGCUUUAUUUGAAAGGGCCCUUUUUUUAAUACUAGUAUGUUACUCAUGGCAUUGAAAAUAUUUGGAUUUUUUAUUUAUUGAUGCCAAUCACUGCUCUUCAUUGAGUUGUUACCUCUGGGUCAGAAAUAAUCAAUGCAAAACCAUGAGGUCUGUGCCAUUUUCAUUUUAUUUGAAGCCUGAUUUUUGGUUUUUUUUUUUUGGAUCAUUUCUGUAAAGUGGGGUGGAGGGUGAGGGUAACAAGCUUAUAUGAACCAUAUUACUAAGCCAAUUUUAGGUAUAGUCUGAAAGAGUACAAUUGAGGAAAUUGCAGCUUCAGUGUUUUUAUUCAAUUUUGCAUUUAGUCAUUUUGCCGGUGCAGUGUCAUGUUUAAGUAUAAUGGAUGUUGGUUACAUCUUGUAAAUAUCUAUUACUGAUUGAAAUUGUCGUUCAGUCUUACAUUGGACUUCUCAUACUUGCAGAAUAUCCACUUAGGCUAAAUACUCCCUUUUUAGGAAGGUAGAAGUUAACCAUAAACCUCCUUUACUUCCAACUUCUUCCUCCCCAAGCUGUAAAAAGCUCUGAGAUGGAGUGUAAAAUUAUAAAUUACGCAUCUUAAUCAUUUUAGAAUUGCAAUUUUUUAUUUAAACAUUGCUUCUCUGAAGCAGUGAUUUGACUCACUUUUGAAUUAUAUUUGAGAAAUAGCCACAAAAAGGCACAAUCCACCUUCAAUUUUAGUAUAAUGAUUGGAUAAUAGCUGUACAUGUUCUUCAUGAUCCUCACACACUCAAAGUUCAUGCACCCAAAAAUCAUAAGGAAUACAUAUUUUAAUGUGUUCUGAUUGUUUGGCAGGGUGGCUACAGGUGGGAUCUUUUUGAGGGGCUAUGUAACUUGUAAAAUAGAACACGUACAACUUGCUAAUAAUUCUGUGAUCUAGCUGUCUGUCAUAUAUCAGUUUUGUGGCAGCUACAGAAUUGCUUUUUAAAUUUCUUUUUAUGUUGUUUUAUCCUCUACAUUACACUAGUGCUGUACUUUGUAAGUGCAACUGGUGAUAGCUUAUUUUUUGAGAACCGACAUGGCAAGUGGUUAAUGCUUCCAACAGCUAUGGCUGUUUGUAGGCCAUCAGCGACAGUUCUGCUUGCCAUAGAGUCUUGGGAAUGAAUGAACGUAGUACCAAAUAAUAGAAGAUGGGCCAGACCUUUGAAAGGAAACUAGCAGAGCCUUUACCAUUCUACUUGUGAGCUUGUUUUACCAGUAGAAUUCUGUAUUGGUAGAACUGAUGAACUUGAGCGGGGAAAAAAUUUCAGGUUUGUUGCAUAUGCAGACUAAGUGAAUACACUAAUAAAAGUUUUAAUUCUGA